AUGGCUCCAGUUGCAAAGGGUACUAAACGUACCAACAACUCGAAGUCUGUUGGAGAACCUGUACCUAAAAAGACCAAGAGUUCUAAGAAAGCAGAACCUGAACCUGAAAGUGAAAGUGAACUGGAACAAGACCUUGUGUCUGAUGAUAGUGUUGAAUUAAGUGCUAGUUCUGAUUCCGCUUCUGAUUCUGAAAAGGAUGAAUUGGAUGACGAUGAUGAUGAAGACGAACUUGACGAAUUAGAUGAGCAAGAUGAAAAUGAUGACGAUGAUGACGAUGAUGAAAAAUCAUCAAUAGUUGAUCCUAACAAGAAAACAUCUAAAGAACAACACAUUGAACAACGGAAAUCACUUGAAGAACGUAAGUUGAAGAGAAAAUCUGGUGUUCAAGUUCAACAGAUCAAAUCCUUAUGGGAAAGACUUAGAAGCACAACUCCUAAACCAACUGCUGAUGUAAGGGAGAAAUUAUGUGCUGAAAUUUGGGAAUUAUCUAAAGAUGUUGUUAGUGAUCUUGUUAUGAAGCACGAUGCAUCUCGUGUGGUUCAAACAUUGGUUAAAUUUUCAUCAAAGGAAAGAAGAGAAGCCAUCACUAACUCUAUGAAGGGACAAUUUUAUGUUUUGGCCACUUCUUCAUAUGGGAAAUAUCUUUUGAUUAAACUUUUACAUUAUGGAAGUAAGGAUUCCAAAGCAUUGAUUUUGAAUGAGCUUCAUGGUAAAUUACGUAAGUUGAUGAGGCAUAGAGAAGGUGCACAUGUCGUGGAAGAUUUAUAUGUAUUAUAUUCUACUGCUGAUCAAAGACAACAAAUGAUUAGAGAGUUUUGGGGUGCUGAAUAUGCAGUUUUCAAGGAUUCUGGUAAGGGUAAAACCGUAUUGGAUAUUGUUAAUGAACUGUCUGAGAAGAGACAAUUGGUAAUGUCCAACUUGUAUGGUACUAUUAAUGCUUCAGUUGAAAAGGGAUCUACGGGGUUUCAAAUUUUACAUGCAGCAAUGAGAGAAUACACCACUGUUUUAGCUGAUGAUAUUGAAAGGAAUGAUAAGCAAAUUAGAGAAUUUAUUGAAUUAUUAGCUCCACAAUUUGCAGAAUUGGUUCAUACUACAGAAGGUGCUGAAGUUGCUUCAACAUUAAUUGCACUUGCAAAUGCAAAGGAAAGAAAACAAAUUGUUAAAUCAUUGAAACAACAUGGUGCAGAGUUAAUUAAAAAUGAAAAUGGUAAUACCGUUUUGAUUACCUUAUUUAUGACCAUUGAUGAUACUGUUUUAUUGCACAAAUCAUUCUGUGUUGAACUCUUUACAGCAGAUUCACUUCCAAAUCUUAUUCAAGAAAAGUUUUCUAGAAGACCAUUACUUUAUAUAUUAAAGGGAUUAGAUGGUAAAUAUUUUUCACCAUUAUUGAAGAAAGAUUAUCUUAAAUAUGAGAAAUUGGCUUAUUCCAAAACCACAAAGAAACCUCAAGAUCAAAGAAGAAAAGAAUUGGUUUCUAAAGCUUUACCAAUAAUUUAUAAGAGUAUUUUGGAAUCUGCUGCUGAUAAACCUAACAUUUUGAAUAUGUUAUCCAGUAAUAUUGGUGCACAAUUUUUAACUGAGUUAAUAAUUACUCCAAGUGAUGAUGAUAAAGAAGUUAAUGAAGAUUUAAGACCUCAGUUGGUUCAACUUAUCUUCGAAAAUUCAAUUGAAGGAGAUGUUCUUGAAGAUUAUCAUUUCCUUAAUAAGGUUCCAUUUAUUACAAGAUCCAUUAAAGCCUUACUACAAGGCAAUGAAUAUAAAUUCGAUUCUGAAUCAAAGAGAUUGAAUAGAAUACCUGAGGGUAAGAUCCCAAGUAUUGGUACUGACUUUGCAGUUAAAGUAGCCAAUCAUAUUUUGGAGAAUCAAGUUUCAAAUUGGUUACAAGGACAACCUGCUUUUGUUGUUGUAUUUACUGUUGAAGUCUUGCAAGCACUGGAAGAACAAAAGACAUAUCAAAAGUUGAUCAAAGCAUUAGCUAAGGAAAAGAAGACCUUAUCAAAGAAUAAGGACGAUAAAGGAUCCCAAUUAUUGUUGAAGGGCUUAUAA